AUGUUCAUGUGCUACUUGAAGUCAACUCCUUUGAGCGGCCCGGAACUCCUUCUUAAAGUCGGAAGGACAACUGACUCCCAGAUCUUCGACCGUGUCAUGGAAGGAGAUAUCGAGAGUGUUCGCUCGAUUUAUCUCUCUGGGGCAGUCUCCAUCCAUGACGUUGAUCCAAUUUUUCAUCAAAAUGCGUUGAUCUACAUGCUAAUGGCCUAUAACCCAAACAGUGGGCGUUCAGUACGACUUCUCUGGGAGUAUGGAGCAGAUCUAAGCCAAACAGACAUCUACAAGAUGUCCGGAAAUGAUUACGCCUUCAUGAAGAUCAUAUCCAAGCGUCUUCCGGAUGACAUGAAUUCUAUGUUCGACAUCGACGGGAUUUUGCUUGAGACGGAGUUGACAACCCUGCAUCAAAGCAUAAUUGGCCUCACACCGCACAGUGUGGAGGAAGAGUUCGAAGAACAUCCGGAACUGGUUGAUACCUUUGACGCAAAAGGGCGCACUGCCCUCUUCUGGGCAAUAUUGAGUGACAAUUUCGAGGCCGCAAAAACACUAAUGAUCAAACAGAUGGCAGACACCACCGCGGUGGCGUCUGACGGUGGAUCGGGUUUUGGUGUAUGCGCAGAGUUUGCGUCCCCCAAAAUGGCACGUCUUUUGGUCUCUGGACAGGAAAGCUUGCCGGACAAGGAAAAAGACAUGCGUCGCUGGGGCACCAAUGCGCAUGACCACACUGGAAGAUCGCCGUGGAUAGUCGCAAUUCAGGACUCUAGCGAUGAAUUCUUCAAAAUAUGCAUGAGAUGGAAAGACCAAUGGGACACAAAGGACACUGUGGGCCGUAGUCUCUUGCAUCACGCCGUAACGUUUGGGUACUGGCACAUUGUAGAAAUGUUCAUGGUGCCAGAAUUUUGCAUCAUCGACCCUCGGGCAAAAGACACCUUUGGCAUCACAGCGUAUGAUGUAUUUUGGUGGCGAUUCCCUGACUACAUUCCACCACCGGAGUGCGGUGCGGAGGACCCAGAAACCUUCAGAACCGCCAGCGAUGACUGGGGGGUUGAUUCAAGAGAUGGAAGAAACAACAGUCUCAACAGUGACUCUCAAACUUCAGACAUCACCGACGAUGAUAUCGACGAUGAUACCCGCGACUCCAUGUUCACACUUGUCGGAGGUUUGGACAUAUACGAACUGGAAGGAAGCGAUGAGAAAUUCUGCGGCAGUGAAGAUGGUCUCGACGAAGUUGUUAGCGCCGACGACUUCCGCGACCGUACUUACAUGUACAGUUCCGAGGCACGCAAGGACGCGAAUGCGAUCUGGAAGCUCCUGAAGUACGUAGAACGUACCCAGGCUGAGCGGGGUGCGGAUAUGAAUGUCAAGACCAACAUUCCUGGGGCAUGGGUAGAUGACGAGAAUGAAGAAGGGGAACACACCGAUGCCAUUGACAAUGAGCAGAUUAGAAGCGGUGAAGGUAACAGGAUGAAUGCCACAACAAAGGAUGAGUAUAGUUAG